AUGUCUACGAAUAUUCUCGACCAGGACUUCAUGAAUACAGCGACAGUUACAGUACGUCUCAAUCAUUUGGCAGCCCAUUGGGUCGCAUUUUCUCUACUGCCAAGUCGAACGAGUUCUCCAACUCUUACUCAAACUCUUGGAGCUCUGAUUCAAACUCAUUUUCCGGUGCAAGGACAACCUCCUCGCCUCGCUUUACGAAGAUGA